AUGACAAACCAAGCCUACGUCGCUGACCACAGCGCUCCCGUCCUCCGCACGCACGCCUGGCGUACCCCCCAAAAUAGUACCGCCUACCUCCUCCCACACCUCCAACCCACCUCCCAAAUCCUCGACAUCGGCUGCGGCCCCGGCAGCAUUACCACCGGACUCGCCGCCCUCGUCCCAGCCGGCCAUGUCACCGGUAUCGAACCCACUUCCCUUCCCCUCGAAGCCGCUCGUGCCCUCGCCGCCUCGGAGGGUAUCACCAACAUCUCUUUCAAAGAGGGCGAUAUCCACGCGCUGCCAUUUGCAGAUGAAUCUUUCGAUAUCGUGCACGCUCAUCAAGUACUCCAGCAUAUCACAGAUCCAAUCGAUGGACUGCGGGAAAUGCGAAGGGUAUGCAAGACCGGCGGUCUUGUUGCGAUUAAGGAAAGUGCUAGUUUGCACUGCUACCCUGAAGCGCCUGAAAUGGUUAAAUGGCAGCAAAUUUACCUCAAAGUUGCGGCGGAGAGAGGCACCAACCCGCACUCUGGGGAGAGAAUUCAUGUCUGGGCUCGCAAAGCCGGGUUCAGCCCUGAGGAUGUGAAGUGUAGUACCGGGAGCUGGUGUUUCCAGACGAGGGAGGAGAGGGAAUCUUGGGGUGGUAACUUUGCGGAGAGAUCUGUUGGCAGUCCCUUGAGUAAGGUUGCGGUUGAGAAGGGAUAUGCAACGGAGGAAUUUUUUGAAAGGGUGCGGGAGGUUUGGUUGGAGUGGGUUGAGGAUGAGGAUGCGUGGUUUGGCAUUUUGCAUGGAGAGAUUCUCUGUACGAAGAGGGAUGCAUGA